AUGGGGCAAGAUGACGGGAAGCUUAAGCCAAUCUUGGUGAUGAAGGAUUCAAAGACCCAAGCGAUAGCAGCUACUUUCGUUGAGGCGAAAGGAACAGAUCCUUACGCGAUCAAGUUUUGGCAAGGGUUUGUCAAACACUUGGGGUACAAAAGGUUCAUUGCCAAAUCCGAUGGCGAAGCAUCCAUCAAAGCCAUGAAGGCUAAGGCCAUAGAAGGGUUGAAGGGGAUUGAAGCUAUCGCCCAGGAAUCGCCGGAAGAUGAUCACCAGGCCAAUGGCCUGGCAGAAGUAGCCGUUAGAGAGGUCAAAAGGCAAGUGCGAGUGUUGAAGAGUUCACUCGAGGAAAAGUUGGGGUUGACUCUCAAAGAUGAGGACCCAAUCUUGGCGUGGCUCCCCAGGCAUGGGGCCGACCUACUGUCUCGGUAUAGGAAAGGCGAAGACGGCCGGACCCCUGAGCAGAGACGCUCAGGAAAGGCGUGGCGUAGACCUGCGCUGGAGUUCGGCGAACGUUUGUACUACCGCGAGGCAGGGGCAAAGGGAGCGAACAAGAGCACUCUCCAGAUGAAAAUGCUGGAAGGAAGAUAUAUAGGACACCAUGGCGGCACGGGAUCGCUAUUGGUGAUCACGACUGAAGGCGUCAAAAGGGCACUUGGCGUUCGACGCCUAACUCCGGAAGAGAGGUGGAAACCGCAGGGUUGGACGGACCUGAAAGGCUACCCCUGGAGUGUGGCUCACCGCGCAGGCGGGCUACACCGGUUGAAUGCGGAAGGACCGCUUCCACUGCAAGGCCCGACACCCGCUCUUGCACCACCGGUGCAGCGGAGGUUGUACAUACUGAAAGCGGAUGUUGAACGACUCGGGCCUACUCCAGGGUGUCCAGGGUGCACUUGCGUACUCCUGGGUGAGUCAACACAGCUAAACCACACCGAGGCCUGCAGGGCUCGGAUGAUGGAGCUACUUGCCCAAGACCCAAAGGGCAAGGCAAGGAUAGAAGCGCACGAGCUCAGAGCACAAGGGCCCAAGCCGAGAACCGGAGACGCCGCGGUGGAGCUUCCACCAGCGGUAGCGGUAGGUGAACCGGAUGCUCCAGGCACUCUUGGAGCAGGGAAGAGAAGGAAGAAGAAGGGUGGAGGUAGCCCUGUUUCAGGGACCCCGCCGGUAGGGAAACAGACUCCGCAAAAGAGGAUGGCGGAAGAGAGGCCGUCGGAGCUUGAGAAGACAGUUUCGGCAGACGAGCUGGCGCGGAGGUCGUACUACCGUGAGGACGACCCUUUGCCUGAGCAGAGUGAACCUAGCCAGCCUAGCGGCCUGAAGAGACCCUCCGAGAGCCCUGUUGAGGAACUGGAUCGACAGAGCGCGGAGGAUGUCGAAGACCUGGUUCGGGACUCACCGCCAAAGGCGGCAGACCCAAUGGACGUGCAGAGUCUUAGCUCACUCAAGAAAGAAACAGCCUUACUUGUAGAGGGCAUGGUUCGAAACAGGUACAGAGCUCAGCAGGUUGAUGUCUCCGAACUGGAGGUUGUCAACAUCGCCGCCUUGUGUACAGAGAUGGCGGCUGUAGAUGUAAUGGGAAUUUAUAGUGCAUCAGGUUUUUCGAAGGAAGCGCCGCGUUUAGGCCUUUUGCCUGGAUACGCGGUAGAUCUGUGCGAGGCCAAGCCUAGUGGAGGAGCAUGGGACUUGUCUCAGAAACAAGACCUCGAAGAGCUGGAGAAGCUUAUCGAGACAGAAGAGCCAUAUCUCCUAACAGGAGGGCCUCCGUGCGAAGCAUUCUCAAGACUGCAAGACAUCAACAAACCCAAAGUCUCACCGGAGGUGAGAAGGAUGAGAAGGGAGAAAGGCGAACGCCACCUGCACGCUUGUAUACGAAUGUACCACAAGCAGAUCGAUGCAGGCAGGCAUUUCUUGCAUGAGCAUCCUUGGAGCGCGGACUCUUGGUACGAUCCUGAAGUGAAGGCCUUGGCUGAGAAAGAAGGAGUGUAA